GUUGGCUUUGAUUUCCCGCUCUCGGUGUCCGGUUAACGAAUCUUUCGAAAAGUACUCCCCGAUUGCAGUUCGGCCAAAAAAUGGGUUUCUUCCCGAGCUGCUCCGUUUGCGGAAAGUAUUCGCCAUUCCUAAUAGACGAGAAGGUGCUGCGAAAUGAGAAUGCACGAAGAGCGAUAAAAACAUGCAUUGAGCGCUCACAGUUUGUUCUAUGUCCGAUCUGCCUGCCGAAUCCGCAGACAUCCCUGACGCCCGACUGCCUUCUGACAGAUGAUGAUUUUCAUCAACUCGUACUGGGAUUCGAGGUAUCGAGGGAUCUCGGCGACUUCCAAUCACUUGGCAUCGCCCAAGUCGUCAUCAUCUCCAAGGAGACGAAGAUAAACCCCCGCUUCAAAGAACUGGCGCGUAAGCCGCUCCCGAAAACGGUGAAGCUGCGCAAACUGCUCAAAGCGUUCCCUGACGUUCAUCGCAUGCGCUUCCGGGACUACGGCUACGAAAAGAGUUGGUUGCGGGAGCUCCAGCAAAGGUGCACCGCUAUUAGCAGCUUCUAUUUGGACGGAAAUACUUUACAUUUGCAUGACAACUUUGAUCUCAUGGUCGAACGCACCCCGCUCCACGAACGCACCUCGAACCGGUCCCGGGGACGGAGCUUUAUCGAUGAUUCGCUCAGAAUGCGGUUCCCAACAUCGGGCCAAGGAACGCGCAAUAUAUCGAUGAAUAGUUUACGGUCCGUCGCGACGAGCAGAAACGAUUCUGCAUCUGAUCUGGAUGACGACGCGAUAAGUUCUCAAUCGGUUGAGGAAUCCCAUCGAACCGCGACGUUGUCACAAUCGAUCUCGGAACCUCGUCGAAUGGAGACGGAGUCGGAAUCGUUUAACAUCAGCUCGCAAUCGCGGAAUCAGAGUAAUACUUCUGUCACAUCAAGCUUGGAAAGUUCGAGCGAUAACACGGUAAUAGGCAUGAACCCCACACCUGCACGGAAUGUUGGGGUGACCAUAGAACAUUCGCCGCAACCUGGCCCGAGCGGUUUACAACAGUCAAGAUUUCCAAUGCCUGCUAGGCGCCGAAGCCCCCAAGCCAUAAACCCUAGGCCGGAAAACUUCAGGGAAGUGCGGGUCGCAGGAGCACGAUUGCCACGCGUACCGGGAGGAUGAUAGCGAAACCUUUUAAAAUGAUAUUUGUGUUCAAUUUUUAUGUUUCACGGUUUCCGACGGUUUUUGUUUUGUUUAAAUAAAUAUCCGCCCGUUUGAUUGUGGCA